CCGCUGCCGGUAGAGUGAACGUUAGCUGCCGAGAAGAAGAAGAAGAAGAGAAAAAGCAGAAGUGGCAAUAACGUCGAAACAAUUACUGAUAGGCUUUUUUUAUGAUACAGGGUUACAGCCGAGAAAACUAAACAAUCGUGUCCAAGAGCUGUGAAAGUCAAUCCACUCAAGACCGACAAUGGCUGUGAACGUGUACUCGACCUCAGUGACCAGCGACAACUUAAGUCGUCAUGACAUGUUGGUCUGGAUCAAUGAAUCUCUACAGAUGAACCUCACCAAGAUAGAAAUGUUGUGUACAGGUGCUGCCUACUGCCAGUUCAUGGACAUGUUGUUUCCCAACUCUGUGCCUCUGAAGAAAGUAAAAUUCGGUGCCAAGUUGGAGCACGAAUACAUCCAUAACUUCAAGCUUCUGCAGGUUUCCUUCAAAAAGAUGGGAGUCGACAAAAUCAUUCCAGUAGACAAACUGGUGAAGGGGAAGUUCCAGGACAACUUUGAGUUUGUCCAGUGGUUUAAGAAGUUCUUUGAUGCCAACUACGAUGGGAAGGAGUACGACCCAGUGGAGGCGAGGCAGGGCCAGGACGCCAUGCCCACACCAAACGUUGCCACGUCAGCUCUCAACAAGCCACCUAAAAAGGCCAUCAGUCAAAGUCCGAGCUCUGCUCCCCAGAGGCCACCCGUUGCCAAGGUAGCGCCCAAGUUGGCUAACGUCAGUGCGAGGAAACCUGUGAUGGGAGGAGGCGAUGAGGAGAGGGCGGAGCUCAUGAAUGAGGUUGAGAUCCUGAAAUCUACCAUUCAGGACAUGGAGAAGGAGAGAGACUUUUAUUUCGGUAAGCUGCGGAACAUUGAACUGAUUUGCCAGGAGAAGGAAGGAGAGGGCGACCCCACACUGCAGAGGAUCAUAGACAUCCUCUACGCCACAGACACAACAAACCAGCAAGGCUCAACCGACAUUGACUAAUUUGGGGUUUUCUGGCUCCAAAGAGAUGACGAGCUUGAUGAUGGAGGGUUUCGUGAUACCAGAUGCUGAGGAGCAGGAGGAGUUUUAAUAUUCAAGACUGCAAGCAACUUUUCUCUUUAGAUGCGCUGGUCUACAAACCCACCUCGAGAUCCUUCCUCAAGCCACGACAGCCAGUUUGGUUUUAUAUCCGACGCCAAACUGGAUCUCAACUUGUGGUCCCCUCACCUCACCCUCUCCCCUCAUGAUCCCCGAAUACCAACCUGCCGGACUUCUCUAGCCUUCAGCCGCCGAAACAUCUUUAAUCCACAAAGCCUCGGUCACCGCCUCUACUUCCUACACACCUGUCACUCUGCCCUCACCCUCACCUGUAACCCCACCCCUCCCCCAAAACCAGAUUGUGCAGUACACAUCUGGUUUUUGUAAUGGACUUCAGUGUGAAAAAACACUGUGAUGUUCUCUGUGAGCGUGUGCAUGUGCGUGCGUGUGUGUGUGAUGUGAUGUGUUUAAAAAAAUCAAUUUGAAACAAAUCAAACGUGAAGAACCUCCUCUGAAGACCCGGCUGUCAGUUCACUGAUCACUUUGUCCCACACUAACCCCGUCAAACACGGCCGCCAUUUUGUGCCUCUCCUGUUGACACUGAAUAAUUAACUAAUUUGCAUGAAGAUGAAUUGAGGCAAAGGAACAAAAGCA